UAGAUAGGUUCACAUUCUGGCAUUGGGCGGCAGGCUUUGUCCAGCAAAGUUAUGGGUUUUUUUUCUUCAAAACCAGUUGCUCCACCUCAACUUCUUGAAAACCCAUGGAGGCAAAUUAACUAUGGAGAGAACCCAACUGAUCAGAAUUUUGUGGAGAACUACAAACCUGAGGUUGAAGAACAAAAUCUUAGGAUCCUUCUUCAUGGUCCAGUUGGAGCUGGAAAAUCUAGUUUCAUCAAUUCUGUAAACAGCGUCUUACAAAAGAGAGCAUGUUGCGAGGCUUUGGUGACUAACUCACGUGACUGUUCCACCAAAAAGUAUACAACCUACAAGAUCAAAAAGGGAAAUGCCUUUUACCCUUUUGUCCUAAAUGACAUGAUGGGGUUGAAAGACACAACCAGCAGAAGAAACAGAAGGAUUCAUGUGAAAGAUGUCAAACAGGCACUGAAGGGCCACAUAAAGGAUGGUUACGUGUUCAACCCUGAAAAUAAACUGUCAAAAGGCGAUAGAUACUACAACAGAACUCCAACUGAGAACGACAAAGUGCACGUUUUGGUUUGUGUUGUUGAUGCCAACACUGCAUCUCUGAUGAAUGAUGCCACUGCGGAAGCAAUACAGGACAUCAGAGAUGAAGCCAAUGAGCUGG